AUGAUCAUCCAAGGGUCCUCCAACUCUUGUUUCCCCAGUGGGCCACAAGGGAUAUCAAUUUAUGGUGUUUCUGAUCAAGAUGUUGUUUCUUCUUCUUCUAUUCAAGCUGCUACUUCAGCCCCGGAUACUCAUUCCAGUUCUUUCUUAUAUAAUCUGUCAAUUCUCAAAGACAAGGUUCAUCAGGUGCAAUCUUUGGCUAGCACGUUCAUUUCCUCUGAUCAUAAUCAACCUCCCGAGUCAACGCCCAUAGCUGUAGCUAGCAUGGGUACGUUGAUUCAAGAAAUUAUUAUUACUGCAUCCUCUAUGAUGUUCGCUUGUCAACAGGUGUCUCUUGGAGCUGGAGGGCCUUCAGGAAAUAAUAAUAGGACUAGUUCAAAUGAAUUGUACCACCACCACCACAGCCAGAGCCACGGCCACGGCCAUGGACACGGACACCACCAGCAUAGAGGUCAGGGUUUUUAUGCAAAUGAUGCGCUUGAUAAUUGGUAUGGUGACAGCUAUAAUACUAAUAAUUGUAGCACAACUUAUAAUAAUACUAGAACAAGUAGUGUUACGGUUAGCAACCAUAAUAAUGAAGUUGGAGUUGGAAGAAGGGAACUACUGCCUCAAAAAGGUGAAGCUAGCGGAGAAUUAGAGAAGCUUUCACCAAAAAGCUAUGAUAUUGUGGAAUUGGAUGCUGCUGAUUUAUUAGCAAAGUAUACACACUAUUGCCAAGUUUGUGGUAAAGGGUUCAAAAGGGAUGCCAAUUUGAGAAUGCAUAUGAGGGCACAUGGGGAUGAAUACAAGUCUACCGCUGCUUUGAGCAACCCUCUAAAGAACAACUUGGGUGCUAAUGGAAAAGAUCAAGAAGGCUUGCCAAAAUUGCCUAGGAAAUAUUCAUGCCAUGAAGGCUGCAGAUGGAAUAAGAAACAUGCCAAGUUUCAGCCCUUGAAGUCCAUGAUUUGUGUGAAGAAUCAUUACAAGAGAAGCCACUGUCCCAAGAUGUAUGUUUGCAAACGUUGCAGCAGGAAGCAAUUCUCGGUGUUGUCCGACCUGAGAACUCAUGAGAAGCACUGUGGGGAUCUCAAAUGGCAGUGCUCUUGUGGCACCACAUUUUCCAGGAAAGAUAAGCUCAUGGGACAUGUUGCUUUGUUCGUGGGACAUACCCCGGCUAUUAGUUCUUUGGCAAAGAUGGGGAAAGCUGAUCAGAAUGCUGCACAAAUGCAACUAGAUGAUAGGUAAUGUUGUAAUAAAAAAUUUGCCCUCUCCUUUUCUUAUUUUUUCUUCCUUUUCCUUGUAA